AUGGGUGAAACCAUCGGUGAGAAAAUUAAUAGCAUGCAAGUACCCGAGCUAGCUGGCCCUACAGAGACCGAAAUUCAUCCAUGUUUCAACCGAGCUAUAUGUAACCUUGACACUUUGUACGCAGCUGGAGAAUUAGUUGUGACUAUUUUCCGUUUCCAGUAUUUCGCGUACCAUCUGACAUGCCCCCAUUUCAUCACAUUGUACUUUUUCAACCCCAUUUCCCCAACUCACUGAUGAGUUUGUCUGUUUGUGUCGUGGUGAAUUAGCAAAAAGUUGUUUACGGGUUGUUCGCAACAUUACCCUGGGUGCCAGAGGUUUUUCCACGCUCGCAACGCAAAAAAAGAUAUUUUUUUGCGUUGCGAGCGUGGAAAAACCUCUGGCACCCAGGGUAUCGCAACAUUGAACUUGGGGAGAUGAAAGUUCGUCUUGUCCAUCUACACGAGUUAGAAAUAUUUCGUGUGUGGUCCUGCGACUCUGGUUCAGCGCUCUAAGCUACAAAUUUCACUUGCUAGAGUGAUGCCAGUGUUUGGUAUAGACGUAAAUAUUAUCUUAGAUUUUGCACAUCUUGAUUUAGACCCCCGACAGGAAUCCAACCUGUGAGUCCCGAUGCAAUGGUUGAGGCCACUGAGCUACUAGAUGUGUUUGCGGGGACUGGAUUAAAAAACUGUGUUUAUAUCAGUUUGUGGUAAUCUUCAAUACAUAUGACAAAACGUUUGCUUCCUUGCACGAGCGCCAUGAUGAAAAUGCCGCCAAAAUUAGUUAUAUCAAACAUAUGAUUAAUAUAAUGAUCAAACUUCGGCUGUGCUCCUUACUGAGUACUUUUGGGAUCACGAGGUACAAUGGGGGACAUUUAAAGGUAUGAUCUUGUGACUGUGCAAAGAUGGCCUCCAGACAGAGUGGUUUUGUUUUCUGAUUCAAAGUUCAAUUUCCUUCUUUUGAGGCGAAAAUAAUUGUUUUAGCAUCGUAAUUAAGUUCCUUCUUAUACAGCUGAGCAUGGUGUUUGAAAGAAACCUCACAGAUUUAGUCCGUGGACUGAGAAAUCACAAAGAAAAUGAGGUAUGAUUAUUUGUACUGACACGUCUGUAAUCUAAAUUAUAUAAUGGAUUAUAAUGACAAUAAUCGAGUAAUUCCUCGUGACCAUACUGCAUGACCUUCGUCAAUCGGGCUUACCGAUACUAUAUGCUCAUAUAUACAAUUAUUUAUUUUAUUUUGGUGAACAUUUUUAUACUGUGGCUCACAAUCUUCAUGUAUUUAUAAUUGCAAUUAAUUCAGUUAAUGCCAAGAUCGGUGAUUUUUUAUAAUUAACAAGAGCAUGCAAAAUGUGAAAUCAGUAAACGGAUCAAUAAAGCUUUAAAUAGCAAUAUAAAGCUUUUAAUAAGGCGUAAAAAAAAUACCUGUGGUUCCGGUUUCAUAUUGUGAAAAAAUUAGGGUCGGUAGGUCGGAAAUAAAUUUUUUUUUGGAAUAUUUUUUUCAUGGUUUUGGCAUUUUUUUGCUGGGCGAUUUGCAGUAGAGUCCCGACAUCAAUAUUAACUAGAGUUGUGUAUUUCCUAUGGACGAAUUUAGGCAAUUUGGUUCAAUAAUUAGUGUGACAACAGACGCCAUUUUGGCACGCUGUAUGAGCAGCCCGCAACCACCUGGAGAAAAUAGGGUCGCACUGUCAAUCGCGUUGAAAAAAUAAUAGGGUCGGCAGAAAAAAAUAGGGUCGGGAACCGGAACCACAGGUAUUUUUUUUUUUCACCUAAGGCCACAUAAGAAAAAAAUAGUUGGUUAGCAUCCUCGCCCGCGCACAAAAAAGGCCCCGCUCAGGAUUUUUUAAAACUUUUUAUUUAAUUAAUUAAAAAAAACCCCAACUUUUAUUGAUCAACAGGCUCUAAUAUAUAUGUAGUAUUUCUGUUGACUGUAGUCAAUUGUGUUAAUAAUAAAGUGCGAAAUUGAGUGUGAAAAUGAUGGUAUGAAUCAUAUUUUGAAAUAUAUAAAAAAAAUAUCUGUACUGCGCAAGAAAAUACAGUUUCGGACCUAAAACCAAGGCGUUAAAAAUUAGUAAACAUUUAAAAAAAAACUGCCCUCCCACUCACUUUUUGGCAAUAGCUAAGGAUGCUAACCAACUAUUUUUUUUUAUGUGGCCUAACUGCCAUAUGUAGCAUACCAUGGCUAGAUUGGCUAGAAGCCUAGAUUGUAAUGUUUGUAGGGCAUACCAGGGCUGCAAAUUACUGUCGGACAUCGGACAAUGUCCGACUAAAUUUGGCAAAUGUCCGAGCAAAAGAAAUUUUGAUCGGACAUUGGUCUAAUCACAAAAAAAAUUGUCACAUACAUUUUUUUGUUGUGACAAAAUCCGAUUGCAAAUUCACUCAAUUUGCAUUUUGCAAUAAAAUUUACAAGGCAUUCUAGCAUUUUACUUAACGUUGCGCCGGAAUGGCGAUACAUACUUGUCUCGUGACUUAUAUCGACCAAAUUUAGUGAUAUUGGUUUUUGUCCGACCAAAUUCAAGUUAUGUCUGACCAAAAUUAAAAGUGAUCGGACAAAUGUCCUGUCAAGUCAAAUAUUUAUUUGCAGCCCUGGCAUACAGAAUCUAUGUUCCUCCUUGUAUUCUGACAGACAAUCCUCUGUUCCACUCUCAAACAUUUUCAUCUUCAUCAGCCUUGCACUUUCAAGACAGUUUCACUUGCCUGCACCCUUUAGACAAUUGCUUGUGCACUAUUUUGAGGUUGCCCACACAAAAUGCUACCCAAAAUUUAAUAUUAUUUUGCUGUUAUCAACAGAGCCUAGAGGCAAUGUUAGAAACUCCUGUAAAACUUUUAAUUAUUCAUUUAUUUUGUGAUAUACCGGUAUAUAUGAUUAAUUUUAUUGUGCUGGUGAAUUUCAUGUGCUCGCUAUUGUUAUCAAGGCAUAGUUAAAUUGUAAUCCAGAUAAAUGAAAAAUUGGUUUGGGGGGGAGUGUAUCCAGGGCUCAAAAGUUGCAUUGUUUAUUAUGAUUUUAAUUAUAUAUCAAAUGCAUUUCUCUGUUAUGCAUUAUUGCUCUAUUUGUCUAAUCUCUAUAGGGACAUGCACAUUCUGCUAAAAAAUUUAAUUUUAAUUCCCUUGACUUUAUCCUAUUAUUCUUAUAAUAUCCCCCUAUUAUUCCGCGAAUUAUUCUACAUCAAGUCGAAUCAAGAUCAGAAGAGUUUUAUUUCUGUAAGGGAUGUGGGACCGGAUCAAUCAAGAUCAUUGUCAAUUUCAUUUGAAUUUUGCAUGAUGGAUUAAUGAAAAAUAAAUAAUGCAUAAUGCCAUAGUCCAAAAAUUCUGUGUACACGACAUAUUUAGAGACAGUACACAUGUAGAUGUUGCGCCGCUGACCCUUUGACAGAUGGCACAUGUGGUACGUUGUAAUUAUGUAAUUUACGUUCACUUGGCACAAUGAUGUCACACCGAAAUGUUUGCCUAUUAUUCAAUUUAUUCUCACUUUUGCAAAGAAAUUCCAGCAUAAUAUGCAUGUAGGGACAUCUCUGAACAUUAUUAUCAGGGCUUCAAAUUUGCGGUAUCUCGAUAUCCCAGCGAUAUCAGAUUUUAAAUUUGGAUACUGGAAAUCACAAGCUGUCCCGAGGGAAACUGCAAAAGUUCUGUCCGGUCCACAACUGAUAUUUCGCUACAAAAUACAGGGUUCUCCUUAUCAGGCGGUAACCGGUAAAAUUUACCUGUUCCACUCACAACUGUGGAGAACCCUGAAAAUACUGUCGCUAGCAUGAGAGAAGAUGCGCUUCGAAAUUCAAAAUAAGAAGUGUUUAUCUUCAAUCUUCAUGCAUAUAAAUAGAGGAUAUUACACGGCAGCGCGAAGAUAUGACUUUUUAUCUUCGAGUGGUGAAAACAACAUUUUAUGAAUGAGGGCAGUGAGUUAGUAAAAUAUUGUUUUUGACGCAAGAAGAUAAAAGCCAUAUCUUCAAGCCACUGUGUAAUGUUCUGUUUAUUAUAUUAUCCCAAGUAAAAAAUUGUAUAAAUACUAAAAGUCACAUGAUCGAUAUCUUCACUGGUGAAGAUAUCUGGAAAAUAUGUCACUGUGUAUUUCUCAGUAUCUCACUCUCUACUAUAUAAUAAAUAUAAUUAUCUUCAGCCCUGCCAAUCUGUGUGUGGCUAUUAAACUAGCCUUGAAGUGAUUGGCUGAAGUUAAUUACCAUAGUAAUGCAUACGUUUCAUGCCACGCUGUCAAUGGAAAUAGCUUGUCUUCACACACUCAUAUUCAACGUAUGUUGGCAAAAUAUUAAGAUACAUAAUUAUACAAACUGAAUGAAGAAAAAAUCUACUGAGACACAGAAAAUAUUAACUGAUGAACUAGUUGUUCAAAGAAAGACCAAAUAUUGAAAUAAAUUAUCAGACAAUUGUGAACGAAAAGAUGUUAUGCAAAUGUGGGAUACUGGAUUUUUUGGGUGGAUACCAGAUUUUAAGUUGCUAGACUAAGUAAAACUAUCCUGUUGGAUACUGCUGAAAAAUUCAAAUUUGAAGCCCUGCUGUUUAGACUUUCCAAAGUCCUUUCCAGGCCCUUCUAUGGUGCGCUUGACCACUCGCGACUUCGUCGCUCGGGUCGCGUGCUCCCUCUCCCGCGCCCUCCCUCCCCCAUGGUCGACUUGUGGCAAGUCUACCUGCUGUUAUGCAUUAUUGCUCUACUGUAUUUGUCUAACAAAAGGCUUUUCUGGCAACAGAGCAGGCUGGCGCACCAAUCUAUAAACAUGUCAUGGAGCAAAAAAAUUAACGAACGACACUCUCUUUUCACAUGAAUCUGUAGCUAGAAUUGAACCCACAAUAUCUCAGGUGAAAGGUGAUACUACUCUGAUGACUGCACCAUGGAAAGUCCAUGUAUGCUUCAAAACUCAAAAAAUUAUUUGGAAGUACUGUAUAGUGGAGCUAGUUGUCUAAACUUGGAGAUGUUGGCUUAGUAUCAACCCCAAACCCUUGGUUACCUGUACUGUACCUCCACAUUUAUUUAAUAAAAUCUGCAAGCAUGGUAUAAAGUAAAAUGCCUGAUGGAAUUAUUAAUAGUAAACUUAAUUAAUUUGGUAUUCCAUUUGUAUACAGUAGUAGGUUUGUGUCAUUUCAUAGUAUCUACUCAGAAGACAUUACUGAAGGUACACUUCAUGCAAUCACAGGGAGUAGGGAAUUUUGAGCAAUAUACAUAAUAUGUCCAGGCUAACCACAAACUUUGCAUAGGACAAGAGUUCUGAUUUUUAGUUUAGCAAUCGUAGUUGAUUUUGUUUGUCAUAUAUGUAGAGUAUACCUCUUGCUCCUUCAUUUCUAGGCCAAGUUUAUAACCUCCUGUCUGGAUGACAUAAAACAAGAACUGAAACAGGAAAAUGUCAGUGUUAAAGCUAAUGCAGUCACUAAACUGGUUUAUGUAAGUUAUGUUUUAUAGUGCGAAUAAUGAUUUUUAGACAUGUCUUAGUUGUUAAUGUUGCCAUAUCAGCUGUUUAAAGUGUUUUUAAAGUUCUGGAAAGCACCAUAGAUUGAAACCUAUAAUGACAGUUACUAGAAUUGUGAAAUGCAGUUCCUGGACAAAUUCAAAGACAUGCAUACUAAUGUCUUGUAUUUUAAAGUGUACACUAUAUGCUUUGGAUAAAUUCAAUUUGUAUUUUAGAUUCAAAUGCUGGGCUAUGACAUCAGUUGGGCAGCUUUUAAUAUCAUCGAAGUAAUGAGCUCAUCAAAAUUUACAUUUAAGGUAGAGUUGAACGUUUUAUUUAUCUGGAGGGAUGGAAAUAAUUAAUAUACUGGGGUUCAUGUUCUUCAAAAUCAAGAGUUGUGAUAAAGUUAAAAUCGGUACUCGACGUACAGCACAGCGUAAGCUACUAGUCUAUACUUUUUCUUGUUGUUUUUCUUUUAGCGUAUUGGAUACCUCACAGCAUCGCAAUGUUUUCAUGAAGAACUGGAUAUUUUAAUGCUCACAACAAACAUGGUCAGAAAGGUAACAGCGUCGUACUUCUUAGUUCGGGCCGGUGAUCCAGAAAUCUACACAUCUAAAAGCAGUUCUCAAAUAGGCAAUUCCAGCUUUUAGUUCAUGCGUGCAGGGCCAGUAUCAUAUUGCUGAUUAUGCUGAAGAAAUAAAAAUGGUACAUGGCCAUGUAAACAUGGAGUGAUAGUUUAUACUUGUAAAUAUUGAAAUAUUUCGGUUGUUUCGGCAGUUUUUAUUGAAAUUUUUCAGCAUAUCAGCAAUAUGAUACCUGGACGCGACUCAUAAUUAUUAUCUCAAGAAAUGCACAAGAAGGCACCGUUCAAACUAUUAAAUAAGACUUAAAUCAUAGUUGUUCGCAGUUUCAAAUUAACUUCAACCUACCUCACUGGGCAGCCAAAACGUGAUCGAUAUGAUACGUCUGCGAUACGUCUUAAAACAUGUUUUUCUGUGUCUUUUUUCAUCUUGAGGAGUGUAAAACAAGGAAAGACACAAAACAUUUCAUCUAACAGUAUGCUUUUAAUUAUUAACACUGACCUGAAAGGUCAAGUGUUAAUUCUCUGGGUUUUUUCUGUUUUUUUCGUCGUCGAGAAUUCGGGUUCGCGCUAGCGCAUCGCAGGCUCAGUUUCCAGUGUUCCAGUCGUUCCAGUUUACUAUACAUAUAUAUUUAUUUAUCCAUUUGUCAACGAAUUUUACCGCGUUUUUCUGUGGAUUUUGUAUUUAUCCUACUCUGCACUUUCUUGGAGGUUGGCUUGGUGUUUUUUCGUGCAACGUCUGGAAAUGCGAUGUCUGGAUCGCUGCGUUUUUCGAAUUUUAUACGUUAUACGGACUUACGGAAUGUAAACAAUGUUGUCUGUGUUAGCGCAUCGUAUGCUCAGAGACCAUGUGCAUUUAUGGAUAACGUUUGUAUUUGUGAGUAAUACUUGUGUUUCAUUGGACAUUACGAAAACAUCUCCUCAGGAUAACUACGGUAUGCAACUUUCAUAUAGCUAAUGUCGUCGUGAGCGUACUGGUGGUCGUAAAUCACGUGGCAGAUUCGUAAAUUACGACAGGUACCGAGUUUUUCCGAGGAGUAUUUUCAUGUGAUAUUGUGAUGUGAAUUGCGAAUCACUCAUGCACGUUUUCUUCCAUUGUUUUCUUCGAAGAAACGCAAAGAAAAUAUUGAUUGUUCGCCAAAAAUUUACAUAAUUGAGCCAGGGUGCGAUAAUUCGCGUACUUACGUAGGCUAUGUACCGGAGGUGCGCCAGUAUUACGGUCUGGUACUUGUUUGUUUUCAGCCACGUACCAGGUAGGUACUCGGUACUCUUGCUAUCUGCGUACUUACGUUUUGCUUGUACCACAUGACCUUUCCAAGCACAAGGUAUUCAAUACCGUAAUUUAGUUGGUAUCUCAUGUGUCUGAGAUGCUUUGGCAUAAAACAUGAUUCGAUUGAUGGCACUAAGAAACGUUGGAGUCGAUUUUUUAUAUAUUGCAAUUGUGCUUCUUUUCUACCUCGUAGUCUGAACAUACUUUCAGAAACCUGUACUUUAUGAACCUUAUUUUAAAGACUAAGUACACAUUGAGCACUUAGUUUCUACUAGCGCAAGUGCGCGGCAACAACCAUUGGCGUACCAGUCAGGUACGACUUAAAAUCUUGAAUUAUCGCACCCUGUAAUGAGCGCCUUAGAAAAUAGAUCGAGGUAGGUAAAGCUUUGCUGUUUUUAAUUUACCUGAUAGUCUGUUAUUUAUGAAAUCUGCUGUGUUGGUGUAAUGUACUCAGGUGAAUAAGAUGUUUGUGUGAUGUUACUCUGAGUGUAUAUCCACACCGGGCAGGCUUGAAAAAUAUGCCUGGCCACGGCGGGAUUCGAACCUACGACCUUUUGAAUACUAGCCCAAUGCUCUUCCAACUGAGCUACGCGGUCAGGACGGUUCGAGUAAGCGAUAUUUCGGAACUGAGUCUAGUUCCUUCGAUAUCAGUGUAAUCUAAUAUUUAUGAAAUCUGCUGUGUUGGUGUAAUGUACUCAGGUGAAUAAGAUGCGCAAGCGCAUCAUAAGGAUUCAGAUGGGAUGCAACAUGUACGCAAUGCGUACCUAUUUUUAUUUUAAUUAGCAAUGCCUAAUUCUUGCUAUUUGAUUUAAACCCUUCAAUUUCUUGCUUGUGUAUUUCGUUGCCAUGUUGGACACGAUUUGUUCGAUUUUUUAAAGAAAGCGUGGUCGCGCCAGUGUUAUCACAGGAGGCCCAGGCUCGAUUUGCCCGCGCCCGUCUGUGCCUUCCUUAUAACAUGGGAAGGAAGGAGACAUUGAGACCAAAAUAGCCCAGACUUGGCAUAUGUCACACGAAACUAUCCUCGAUUUUUCGCUUUUAAUGCAUUUCUUUCACGAUUAAUCGAUAUCCCCUGCAAGAAUGAUACCGUAUAACUCUCAAAACAACGAUGCUUUAAUCAAAGAGCUUAAAUUCGCUCUGAAAUCCGUGAGGGAAUAACAAAAUUCGGCCAAAAUAUAUCCGCGUGCCGGGUUUGCUGUGCAAAAAGCGGAAGUCGUUGAACAACUCAAAAUACACUCAACCCUGAUUGGAGAACGAAUAUCAACAAACAUUUCAAAUUUUUUUAACAAACACAAUGUGAAAUACAAUUUAUUAUACAUAUUAACGUACUACAGUUAUAUUUACAUGCAGUAAUAUUUACACUUUAUUAUAACGUUUGUGAAUAGUUUUGUUUGUAUGAUUGAAAUUAUUACAGUACUGUUAAAAAAAAUUGAAAUGUUUGUUGAUAUUCGUUGUCCAAUCAGGGUUGAGUGUAUUUUGAGUUGUUCAACGACUUCCGCUUUUUGCACAGCAAACCCGGCACGCGGAUAUAUUUUGGCCGAAUUUUGUUAUUCCCUCACGGAUUUCAGAGCGAAUUUAAGCUCUUUGAUUAAAGCAUCGUUGUUUUGAGAGUUAUACGGUAUCAUUCUUGCAGGGGAUAUCGAUUAAUCGUGAAAGAAAUGCAUUAAAAGCGAAAAAUCGAGAAUAGUUUCGUGUGACAUAUGCCAAGUCUGGGCUAUUUUGGUCUCAAUGUCUCCUUCCUUCCCACGUUAUAAGGAAGGCACAGGCGGGCGCGGGCAAAUCGAGCCUGGACCUCCUGUGGUGUUAUCACUGUAUACAUCACACAUAGCAUGCACAGUUAUUUACAGUAGUGGGUUUGUCCGGCCGUGUUUUACAGCGGUCGCAGCGAUAUAUGGCACAGUACGUCAACCUGAGACUGUCAGUUUGAUUGUAGCGGUUGAGAUGUUUAGAGAAAACUUGGCAAGUGAUUCGAAUUUAUUGAUUAUUUCAUCACCACAGAAAGUUUUUUCUGUAUUUUCAAUGCAAUGCUCAUUUGUAGUUUAUAGCACUUCCAUGUUAAGUUCUACUAUUUCUGCAGUGUAAUUGUAGUUUUACCUGGAGCUUGUCUUAUGUAGGACCUGGCAAGUACAAACCUGUAUGAUUCCGCAGUUGCUUUGAGUGGUCUUUCGUGUUUCCUCACUCCAGACCUGGCUAGAGACCUGGCGAACGAUGUAACUAAUCUGGUAUGUGGCAUUGUUAACUCUGCCAGAUCAACUGGUUUAAACUUUUCUUAUACAUGACUAUAUGCGAAACACACUUUGAGUUCAUUAAUUGGCAUGUUAAAGGUUUGCGAAAGCAAUAUAUUUUCCAUCCUCGUUCCCAGGGCUUCUCGGCUGCCUUACGUCUUGUGGCAACGUAAGGCAACCGAAACGCCCUGGGAACGAGGAUGUAUAUUUUCAUAUGGUAUAUAAACUUAUAUAGCUACCCAGAUAUGAAUAAAUUUAUAUUCUCGUGUACUUGGAAGUCGUUUUCCGCUGAUCGUGUUCACUUAAUUUAAUCAUCUCUACCAGGAUCCGUCUCGGCCAAAGUGGUCGAAUAUGAACAGCAUCACUGUUGAAAUGUUGAAAUGUCUAUUUUCAGAAUUUAAACAAGUAGCCAAUGGACCAUUUGCAUUAUAGACUAAAUUUUGAUCUUAACAAGUCUAGACAAAGAUUUCAUCACUGCUUGAAAGAGCAUCACAGAAUUAGUAAUAUUCCAACGUUUCGUUGCGAAAUGUUGUAAAAUGCGGAUAAUAUAGCCUUGGAAAAUUUGCAAUUUUCAGUCAUUUUGUAUUACAAACGGGAAAUUGAUGCCCCAACACCCGAUUGGGCUGUCAAUUUCCCGUGCGUAAUACAAAAUGACUGAAAAACGGCAAACUACGCAAGGCUGUAUUAUCCGCAUUUUACAACAUUUCGCAACGAAACUUUGGAAUAUUACUAAUUUUGUGAUGCUCUUUCAAGCUGUGAUGAAAUUUUUGUCUAGAUCAAAAUUUUGUCUAUAAUGCAAAUGGUCCAUUAUCAAUUAUAUAAUAUAUAUUCAUUCGCAUGCCAUCUUUGUUUCAGCUUGUAUCCACUCGUCCGUAUAUACGAAAAAGAGGAAUCUUGUUGCUGUUUAAGAUUUUCCUAAAGGUAAUGCUGAUUAUCAUACUGGUAUAAUCAUUCGACGCUAGUGCGCAGAUAUUUUGUAACCAUGCACUCGUUCUUGCUUCCUUUUUUUGGGAGUGCGGGAUUAUAAGAAGUAUGGAGUGCGCAUUUCCCGAAGCCCACCCCUAGAAUCGCCAAUAUGGAUAAUCUUGCAUUAUAUAUAUAUACAUACUGUAGUACUGUACUGUACUGUACUGUAUAUACAGUGAGGUUUACCAUGAGGUUUUUAAAUUCUUCGUCUUAGUUUCCUGAAGCGUUACGUCCUUCUUUUCCUCGACUAAAAGACAAACUGGAAGACGGAGAACCAGGUUAGCAAGAUAUGUACAUAACACUUACACUGAAGACGAGCAUGAUGACUGGUACAACAAAUUUUUGCUAAAUUUUCCAUUGAUACACAUUACUGCACAAAACGGUCAAAGUGCUAUCAUUAAGUGCUAUCAUAUACAAUUGUGUUGCCUCGUGCAGUGCAGCUAUAGGUCACUUUUUGCCAAUAAUCAAUAAUCUACACAACGUUCGCUGCAAAACUUAUGUAUAUAGUUAUAUAUCCACAGUUAAUAAAAUGUGACUUAUCCAAACCUUUAUAGGGUAUAUAGAUUCUUUUUCACACUUUAAUAUUUUUAAUCUGACUUCACUGACUUCACUCUUCAAGAGUAUCACACGCACGUAUCAAUAGUCUAACACAUUCUCAGGCCUGCAAUUUAGUGCCGGUCAUCGGACAUUGUCCGGCUAAAUUUGUCUUUUUAUGUCCAUUGCCCGAGAAAAUUGUCUUGGCCGGACAUUUGUCCUUCUAAGCAACAUUAUGAUUUUUGUGGUGUUACUCUGAGUGUAUAUCCACACCGGGCGGGCUUGAAAAAUAUGCCCGGCCACGGUGGGAUUCGAACCUACGACCUUUGGAAUACUAGCCCAAUGCUCUUCCAACUGAGCUACGCGGUCAGGACGGUUCGAGUAAGGGAUAUUUCGGAACAGUAUCUAGUUCCUUCAAUACCAAUGUAUUCUAGUAAUAAUGAAUUUUUUUUUUCUGUGUUGGGCCAGUAUUCCAAAGGUCGUAGGUUCGAAUCCCACCGUGGCCGGGCAUAUUUUUCAAGCUCGCCCGGUGUGGAUAUAGACUCAGAGUAACACCACAAAUAUCAUAUUCACCUGAGUACACUACACCAACACAGAAAAAAAAAAAAAAAAAAAUUCAUAUUACUAGAAUACAUUGGUAUCGAAGGAACUAGAUUCUGUUCCGAAAUAUCACUUACUCGAACCGUCCUGACCGCGUAGCUCAGUUGGAAGAGCAUUGGGCUAGUAUUCCAAAGGUCGUAGGUUCGAAUCCCACCGUGGCCGGGCAUAUUUUUCAAGCCCGCCCGGUGUGGAUAUACACUCAGAGUAACACCACAAAUAUCAUAUUCACCUGAGUACACUACACCAACACAGAAAAAAAAAAAUUCAACAUUAUGAUUAUUUUCAGGCCUGCAUUCCAUAUCAUGCACUAUACUAGAAGUGCAUGCAUGCAACGACCCUUCGCCUAUAUUUUCCAAACAUUGUUUCAACAUGAAGUAUUCGUAAUUAUGCCAAUACUGAACUCAGGCUCGCGUUGUCACGUCAAUUACGUCAUGUUUGUCAUGUAUAUUACAUAUUGACUAAUAAAUUUAAGGUUCUUCCAGUCCCACUUUUGCUGUCAUAGUGACGCCAACAAAUUCGGCUCAUAGACUAUAUUGAAUUGAAAUUUCCAUAGUACAUGCAGUAUAACAUAUUUGGGUUUCUUGGUUGACGCUGCAUAUUGUAGUUUUUCUAUAAGUUGAAAAGUUAAAUUAAGAACGUUCCUGUCCAGCUAUAACAUGCAUGACCUUCUUCAGCAUAAAAUUGUUCGACCAUGACGUUCUAACAAUGGUAUUCUUAAUUUUAUGAAUCCACAACUUAUCUUAAAUUUAUUUAUUUCUCAGGUGUUCAAUCUGCGGCGGUAAAUGUGAUAUGUGAACUGGCUCGGAAAAACCCAAAGAAUUAUCUUUCUUUGGCACCUGUAUUCUUCAAACUGAUGAAUAGCUCGACGAACAACUGGACAUUAAUCAAAAUCAUUAAACUGGUAAAAUAUACUUCAUUGGCAUAGGUCACGAUAUAACGUGUGUAAUUCAAAACAAAACACAUGACAGUGCGUCGUCGUCUUACACACAUAAAAAAGCACCAAUGCCUGCCUCGUACUCAAGCUCUUUGGUUUGUAUCUUACGUCGUCAUAGCAGCAACAUAGCGCCUGGGUACGAGGAAGCACCAAUGUUGUUUCAACAACCUGUUGUCAAGAUGUUCCUUGUUCCUAGCAUCAUGAGAAGUUGUUAAUGGCUUGUUGACAACUUGCUACAAGAUUGUUGUCUUAACAGACUUGUUACGAGUUACAAGUUGUUCCAACAACAUGUUAAACAAAGUUGUGUGUCGCAAAUGCAAUCUUGUAACAACUUGACAAACUAACAACGUUGUUUACAAAAUAUUGACAACCCUGCUACAAGCCUGUUGCGAACACCUCUUGUUGAGAAGAUGUGAUAUUUUUACGCGUGUAGUGGCGAAACUAUUAAAUAAAUGUUUUCUUAUUGUAGUUUGGAGCUUUGUGUCCAUUGGAACCACGUUUGGGCAAGAAAAUGAUCGAACCAUUGACCAAUCUCAUUCACAC